AUGGCUAGUUUACCUUUCACUCCAGUCUAUGAAGAAUCUGAGGUCUUCUCUAUCGCUAGCAAAGCUUUAAAAUUAUCUUCAGCCGAUGAUAUUAAUCCUAUUUUAGAUGAUCUUUUAAAAUUAUCAAAAGUUAAGAAAAUCGAUUUAUCUGGUAAUACCAUCGGUAUCGAAGCUUCUAAAGCAUUAUCUGAAUGUAUUGCAAACAAUUCAAGCAUUAUUGACAAUCUAGAAGAAAUUAAUUUCGCUGAUCUAUACACUUCUCGUCUGGUCGAUGAAGUCGUGGAAUCUUUACAAUUAUUAUUACCUACUUUUUUAAAAUGUAAGAAAUUAACUAUUGUUAACUUAUCUGAUAAUGCAUUUGGUCUGAGAACUAUCGACUCCUUAGAAUCAUACAUCAGUAACGCCGUCUCAUUAAGGCAUCUUCUAUUGAGUAACAAUGGUAUGGGUCCAUUUGCUGGUGAACGUAUUGGUAAAGCCUUAUUCCAAUUAGCUAAAAAUAAGAAAGCCGCUAAAGCUGAUUCCCUAUUAGAAACUUUCAUUUGUGGUCGUAAUAGAUUAGAAAAUGGUUCCUCUUUAUAUUUGGCCAUUGGUUUAAAGGCUCAUGGUGAUGAUUUGAAAACUGUUAAACUAUAUCAAAAUGGUAUCAGACCUCGUGGUAUCAUGAACUUAUUAAGUUAUGGUUUCAAGUUCAAUAAAAAUUUGGAAAUUUUGGAUUUACAAGAUAAUACUUUCACUAAGAGUGCUUCCUUCAUUCUAGCCCAAUGCCUACCAAUUUGGAAAGAUACUUUGAAAGAAUUGAAUCUAAACGACUGUUUAUUGAAAGGGACCGGCUGUGACGUUGUUUUCAAAGUCUUGAAAGACACUCAAUUUGCCAAUCUUGAAACUUUGAAAGUCGAAUAUAACGAAUUAAAACAAGAAACCAUCAUCAAUUAUUUCUUACCUGCAUUAGAAGAAAAUAACUUACCAAAAUUAAAAGAAUUACAAAUUAACGGUAACAGAUUAGAAGAAGACUCAGACGCUUUAGAUACUUUACAAGAAAAAUUCGAGGAUUUGGAAAUUGAUGACUUGGAAGAAUUAGAUUCUGAAGAUGAAGAAGAAGAAGAAGAGGAAGAAGAAGAAGAAGACGAAAACGAAACCUUGCAAGUUGUCGAUAUUGAACCAUUGGAAAAAGCACUAUCUGAACUCUCUAUUGAUUCCUUGACGGAUGCUUUAGCCAAGACUACAAUCUAA